AUGUCUGCCGCCGAUCAGGUCCGACUGUCCAAUUUUGAAUCUAUCUUCUCUCUCGAUGGCAAGGUCGCUGUUGUAACCGGUGGAUCCAGAGGCUUAGGACUCCACGCAGCAAGCGGACUUCUUCAAGCCGGCUGCUCCAAAGUAUACAUUACAUCCCGCAAAGCUGAGGCGUGCGAAGAAGCCGUGGCGGCUCUUAAUGCGCUCCCGAACAAGAGAUCGUGGGCGCGCGCAAUCUCCGUGCCGGCGGAUAAUUCGCGCAUCUCCGAGUUGGAUCGGCUCGUCGCGGAGGUGAAGAAGACGACCGAUCAUGUCGAUAUCCUUUUCGCCAAUGCGGGCGCCACGUGGGGGGAGAAGUUCGAUACUCAUCCAGAGGCCAUGUUCUCCAAGGUGAUGGAUUUAAAUGUGAAGAGCGUCUUCUAUUUAAUUCAGAAAUUCACUCCUCUCCUCUCGGUUCAAGCCACACGGGACGAUCCCUCGCGCGUCCUGAUCACCAGUUCCAUUGCGGGCGUGGUGCUGGGCACUCUGGGGAAGAAUGCUACAUUCAGCUACUCGGCCUCUAAGGCGGCCGCUAUCCACCUGGCGAAGAACCUCGCGGUUGAGCUCGGCCCCCGACACAUCCUGACCAAUGCAAUUGCGCCGGGUUUCUACCCAUCCAAGAUGGCCGAUGCCUUGAUCAGCUUGCAGGGUGGGAUAAAGGUGUUGGAGGAGAAGUCGCCGAACAAGCGGGUCGGCAGGCCGGAGGAUAUCGCUGGCCUGGUGGUGUUCUUGUCAAGUCGGGCAGCGAGCCAUCUAAAUGGCGCCGUGCUUAUUACGGAUGGGGGGGCUCAUUUAAAGGGGCGGUUGCGUGUUCCCUUAUCUCUAGGCCUGGCGGAUUUACUGGACAUUCUACGCUUUCGAGGCCGCCUGCUACGUCCUCCUGCCGGGUUUCACUGGUUAAGGCAAGCCCAUCGCUCCGCCUUCGCCAGCUUUUACGUCAUGAUCGUCGUCAUGGCCGCCCUCUACAUCACGGAAUAUUUCCCCAUCUACACCCUGCCGGACGAGUUCGGUCCGAUCAUGCCCGUCGCCAUUGUAUCAGGCGUCCUGACCAGUGUCUACGCUUACGGUUCUGCCUGCGCCGCCGCUAAGCAGUAUGAACAGUUUGGCUACGUGUCCGGCGAAGUCCUGUUCCUUGUUCUGGCCCACUAUGCGUGCGCUAAAGGAGAACAACUCACUUUAACCACCUGGGACAUACAUCAGGAGAAAUUCCGAUUCAUGCUGAUAUUCUGGAACAUGGCUAAUGUCCCGAUGACGUACUGCCACGGCGCGGUUUUCCUGGCUUCCCGGCACCCGGCCACGUACGCGUGGGAUAAGACCGCCUUAGCCCUGUUGUACGUCGCUUAG